AUGGCAAAACCUACAGGAAGUACCGCUUUGUCUGUCAGUGACAUGCAAACCGCCCAAGUUGAAAUCAUAAAGCUUGUUCAGGAACAUGUCUUCACAGAUGAAAUCAGUAGUCUCCGUGUACUUGGUUCAAAUACAGACGCUUCAGACGGAUCUCAGAAUGGUCGUUUGAAGGGUACAUCGGCCCUUUGUGGCUUGGAUCCAUUUUUGGAUGAAAGAGGUAUUCUUCGGGUUGGAGGACGUAUUCGACAUGGAAAAUUCAGUGCGGAUGUGAAACAUCAGGCAAUCCUUCCAAGGAAGUCGCAUGUCACAGAAAUUUUGAUUCGUCAUUUCCAUCAGCGUACCAAUCAUCAGGGUCAUGGGAUUACCACAAAUGAAAUCCGAGCCAAUGGGUUUUGGAUUAUAGGAUGCAGUUCAGCGGUGUCAAGCUGUAUAUCAAAAUGCGUAGAAUGUCGUAAAUUGCGAGGUUGCUCCCAGGGACAGAAGAUGGCCAACUUACCCAUAGAUAGAUUACUUCCGGAACCCCCGUUCACUUACAGUGGAGUGGACCUGUUUUGGCCGUUCUAUAUCAAUGAGGGGCGAAAAGAAUCGAAGAGAUAUGGAGUUCUCUUCACUUGUAUGUCAAGUCGCGCUAUUCACUUGGAAACCGCAAAUUUCCUAGAUACUAGUUCAAUCAUCAAUGCGUUGCGCAGAUUCCUUGCGAUUCGUGGUCCUGUAAGACAGCUAAGAUCAGACAGAGGCACAAAUUUUGUUGGUGCUGAGCGUGAACUCAGAGAGGCCCUUGAGAAGCUUGAUGAUCAUCACCUUCAGCAUUAUCUUUCAGGAGAAGGCUGUGACUUCAUCGGAUUCAAAAUGAAUGUACCUUCUGCGAGCCAAAUGGGAGGAGUCUGGGAGGGACAAAUCCGGUCUGUACGAAAUGUGCUCUCAUCACUAAUGCAGCACUCGAAUGCUCAAUUGGAUGACGAAACACUGAGGACUUUCAUGUGCAAGGCUGCGGUUAUCGUCAACAGCCGGCCCUCACUGUGA